GUUAGGUGUAAGAAUAUUUCUGUAUCUUACUGGAAUUCCUAUUGGAUGCUGCCCUCUGCUGUUUGUGGAAAGAACUGCUUUUGGGAAGCUGCCCAUAGAUAUGAUUUUCCAAAACCUCAGCCUUCUGAGAGGAUGCACUUGGGAGUGGUAGCCUGUGGUGAAAGAUUGGAGGAAACCAUUACUAUGUUGAGAUCAGCCAUUAUUUUCAGCAUCAAACAUCUUCAGUUUCAUAUUUUUGCUGAGGAAUCAUUACAUAGUGACUUCAGAGAAAUACUUGAUAAUUUGGCACAUAAUGAAAAAUUUAAUUAUACUCUAUACCCCAUCUCAUUUCCAACUGAGAAUGCAGCAGAAUGGAAGAAACUGUUCAAGCCCUGUGCUUCUCAAAGACUUUUCCUACCAUUAAUCCUCAGUAAUGUGGACUCUCUACUGUAUGUUGACACAGACAUCUUGUUCUUAAGACCUGUUGAUGAUAUCUGGUCUUUCCUGAAAAAAUUUAACUCUACUCAGAUUGCUGCUAUGGCACCAGAACAUGAAGAACCUCGUAUUGGGUGGUAUAAUCGCUUUGCUAGGCACCCAUAUUAUGGAAAAACUGGAAUAAAUUCUGGAGUAAUGUUAAUGAACAUGACCCGCAUUAGAAGAAAAUAUUUUAAGAAUGAUAUGACUUCAGUACGAUUACGUUGGGAAGAAAUUCUCAUGCCGCUGCUGAAAAAAUACAAGUUGAAUAUAACAUGGGGUGAUCAGGAUCUUUUGAACAUUAUGUUUUUUCAUAAUCCUGAAAGCCUUUUCGUGUUUCCUUGCCAAUGGAAUUAUCGGCCUGACCAUUGUAUUUAUGGGAGCAAUUGCCAAGAGGCAGAAAAGGAAGGAAUAUUCAUCCUUCAUGGAAAUAGAGGAGUUUACCAUGAUGAUAAGCAGCCAACAUUUCGUGCUGUUUAUGAUGCAAUUAAAAAUUAUUCGUUUGGUGAAGACCUUGUACCUGCCUUGCUUCUACCUCUUGAACUGGAACUACAAAAGACACAACACACAUACUGUGGAAGAAUAUACAAAGUGUUCAUAAAACAACUCACAAAAAGUAUAAGGGACCUUAGUAACAGAAGAUCUAAGGAAAGGUGAUCAUUGCAGGCUCUGCUCUCCAGCCUUUUGUACUGAACAGAACCACCAAUAUUUGAUGUCUAAAGGCUAUUCCUACAAAAAUGGCUUGUUGCUCUAAGAAGUUGUUAUUUGAAGUCUGCAUUAUCUUCCAUUGUGGACAAAAUGAAGAUAGUAAUCAACUUAGGCAUCUACAAGUUGGGGGUUGGAGACAAUGAUGGAACGUAGCUUGUGAAACCACAUGUGUCUUACAUACUUGCAUCUGACAGUGGGAUGCAAGUAAAAAAGGCUGGGGUCUGCAUAGUGAUGUCACAGUGCAUGUUUUGUAAUUUUUUGUUUUGGUCAGUAUGUUUUUUUUACCAGAUUUUUAUGGGCUCAUCUUGAAUUAUUCUUUGCAGAACUUUUUUUUUUAUCUUAGUUGGAUCUUUGAAGUUGAAUUAGUACACAUUACUUCAAUGAGUUAGGAGAGAUACAGUUUGUAUUCAGGUUUAUUCUUCAUAAUUCAGUUGCUUAUAAACCUCAGAAGAGUCAGAUAAUAUGAAGGUGUUUAUAUUUAGGAGUGGCAAAAUAUAUUGUCAUCCCUAAUCUCAAUUGACUAAACUGUGAAUGAAGGAAUAAUUAAGUCAGCACUGUCUUCACUUUAAAAGUGUAAGAAUACAUUGUUUACAAAGCUCACAAGUUACUUUGUUUCAAAGAAAUGUGAUGUGACGAUUGACAAUCUAUAUGUGCCUUUGUUUUCAUCUCUUAUACUUUAAAAGAUUUGACAAUCAUGUUUUACAUAUAUUUAGCUGUAAACUGCACAUGAUAAAUAGGAUGUUCACUCUACACAAUAUUACUUAAUGGAAAUAAAUUUAAGCUUUUCAGUCCUUUAAUUAUAUAUUGCUAUAAAUAAUUCAUCAAUCUGAUAUUCUACAACUGUUUUGAAUUGUAAUUUUUCUCAGUUCCAGACAGCAUGGCCGUACUGGAGAACAUCAGGUGCUAAUACAUAACAACAGAAAUCUAAGGAACUUUCCAGGCAGAAUAAAAAGCUUGGGAUGGACAUUUUCAAUAAAUCUUCCUAUAUUUUCCCCUAUAUUUAGAUAACAGUCUAUUAAAUUAAUGUGAAUUGUUAUGUCAUGAAUGUGUUUUCAAAUUUCCUACAGUUUUGAACACACUUUGCUAUGUAUUAUAGAGAACUAUAAGCCUAAAGUAUCUUAGGUGCAGAAAAUGGCCUUGUCAGUAUCCUUGUCAGAAUACAGUGGCAAAAUGUGGCUGGAAUUUUAUUUUAACUGAGGUUGAAUUUGAUUCAGAUAACUCUCAGUACAGUUCAGUUGUUCGAUUUCGCUAUUUAGAGAGGAAAAAUCACUACAAAAUAUGUGCUUAUGAAAUACUAUAUUAAAAUCUAAAUCUUAAUAAUAAACUGAAUUCUUACAGUUCAGUCAGAUCCAUUUAUAUCCUAUCCCCAUUCAGACAUUAUAAUAUUCAGAGUGCUUAACAUUGAGCAAUCCCCCACUAUAACUGACAUGGGUCUAAUGAUGUCAGUAUCUGAACAUGCUAACUUCCACUUCCUGGAAUUAUAAGUGUUGAUGUCUGCAUGGAAGCCACAUAGUGGGCAAUCUGGAUACCUUACCACCUGAAUGGGUUAUAGUGUAAUACUAUAUCAAGUACUGUAACUGAACUUAAUUUGAGAUUUGCUUACAUACCAAAUAUUUAUUGCAUAUUAGGCAACAAAAUUUUUAAAUGGCCAGAAUUUAUACAUAAAAAUCUCUGAUUUCAUUGGAACUAUACUAGCUAUAGUUUUAAGAGCAUAAGAAAAAAAUGUUCUAAAAGCAGCAAUUACUACCAAAAGUUUUGUUGUAUAAUUUUUUUUUAUUAUAAUAGUUGAAAUACGUGUGUACAAGAAGUUGGAAACACCUGAAGUUUUUGCAACUUUUGUUCAAGUGGAUGGAACUUUGUUAGAAAGUUUGAUGUCUCGGCGCUGGCAUCUUAGCAACUGCAGUCAUUUUGAACUGGAAAUUUGGGAUCCAAAUCUAUAAUGCAUCCUUUAUUUUCCUUACUUCAGUUACUAGCUCGUAGCUCCAAAGGAGAACAAAAACAUCUAGAAAGGGCAUAGUACGUUGCAAUUACAGGUAGUCCUCGUUUAGCAGCUGCCUUGUUUAGCAACCGUUUGCAGUUAUGA